AUGGAUAACGCAGCAGCAGCAGUAACGAAGCUCUUCGGCAAGGGCAGCACAACAAAUGACGCUGAGCAGCCAUCCUCCUCCGCCUCUACUACCGCCACCAAAUCCGUCUCACAAGAUGUUGAUGCCGAUACCACUGUUGAGGCCGAAGUCAAACCCGCGGUCGAGCACACACACGUCAAGAAAGCACACGAGACUCGCGAGCAGACCUUCAUUGAGAGAGAGAAACACCAAGACCACUACCACACUACCAUCCAACCCCUGAAAGACUCCGAGGUUCUCCCAGAGAAGCACGAUUACCAGCAGGAGAAGAAGGAGAAGAACAUCAACCGUGAUGAUGGCACUGCUCGCCAGAAGGCGGAAAAUGAUACUGCGGGGUAUCAGAGCACGAUUGACGAGAAGAAGUUUGAGAGCCAGACGAAGGAGCCAACGAUUGUUGACGAGCAUGUGCAUCACCACUUGCACGAGACCGUGCAACCUGUCAUUGAAAAGGAGGUUCUCGACCCAUCCGUCACGCACAAGAAAAUCGAAGUCAAGGAGAACAUCAAGGAGCAGUCAAAGCACCACGGCGUUACGACCAACUCUGCUAUGUCGGUCGAUGAGUUCCAGAAGAAGCUUAAUCAAGAGACAAAGUAG